UCUCUACCGGCUGCAGGUGACGCAGUCACUCAAAACAGCCAUUAAAACAGCGUGCUCGGUCCCUUUAAACCCGGACAGCGGGCGCGUCCACAGCAAACACCCAUCUCUGUGAAAAGACGUGGACGCGCGGAUUGCUGUUUCAUUCAGUAUUUUAUUUUGGGGUGGGACCUGAAAAAGACGCGACGGAGAAGCACUUUGAAGGAUUUAUCGGACUAAGUUGUUUGUUUAUUAUUAUUAUUAUUAUUAUUAUUAUUAUUAUUAUUCUUAUUCUUAUUAGAUCCCUAGACUCCAGGUGUGGGUGGACCCAUCCCAAUGUGCCUCUGUCGAUACAGUUAUUAUUCGCGUAGCUGUGCACAGGCUACCUGCCCGGUGUGAUGCAUUUCAUUGAAAGGGGUUGAGAGAUAUUCAAUAAACAGGUUUGGGGGAGAGCCGCGGCUCAACAGAUUUCAACUGCAAAAACAAAACAACAAAAAAAACGCCUUUUCCAAACUGCGAAUCGUGAAGUUGGAUACUUCCCCACUUUUCAACCGUGUGCUUCUGUUAUCGUCGUGUUUUAAUUUGGAGAUAAAUGCAUACGUAGGUUUGAAAUCAUUUUGUUAACGUUUUAGUUUACUAAUCGCAUACUAUACAAUUAUUAUUAUUAUUAUUAUUAUUAUCAUCAUCGUGUUUUAAUUUGCUUUCACCGUGGGCGCCUGUUGCAAGCAGUACACAGAGAUCUCUUCGACAGGUCCGCCAGUCAGUCUCGAAGACCCCCGAGCCACGCGGCUAUGUUGAGGAGAUGACCAGCUGCCAGCGAGCGCUCCCGCUGCUGCUGCUGCUGCUGACGCUGUGCGGGCAGGGCUCCCUCUUGUGUCCGGCGGGCUGCCACUGCGCCUGGGACAGCGGGACAGUGAGCUGCGCCAACGCUGGGCUGCAGGAGAUCCCAGCUUCCCUCCCGCGGGACACGGUCACGCUGCACCUGGAGGGGAACCAGAUCAGCACCGUGCGGGACGGGGCAUUCAAAAACCUCCCGCGCCUGCGCGAACUCGACCUGUCCCGCAAUCAGAUCGAGAGCCUCUCCCCGGGAGCCUUCCGGCACCUGAGCCCGGAGCUCAAGAUCCUGGACCUGUCCGACAAUCAGCUGCAGCUGGCCAGCAAGGAGGACCUGGGCCCCACGCGUGCCAAGACCCGGCUCCACCACAACCCCUGGCACUGCAGCUGCGCCCUGCAGGAGCUGAUCGAGACGGUGAACCUGGACCCGGAGACGGUGAGCGGGAUCGUGUGCGAGAGCUCGGCGCAGGGGCCCGAGCACGCCGGCCAGCCCCUGGUCAAGCUGCUGGACGAAGGGGUGAACUUCUGCAGCCUCCAGCGCAAGACGACCGACGUGGCCAUGCUGGUGACGAUGCUCGGCUGGUUCUCCAUGGUCAUCGCAUACGUGGUCUACUAUGUGCGACAGAACCAGGCGGAGGCCAGGAGACACCUGGAGUACCUCAAGAGCCUGCCCAGCCCGCUGAAGGAAGCCAGCGCGGAGACGGACACGCUCAGCACGGGCCUGUGAGCCGGGGUGGGGCUCCGAGCUCUCUUUAACACUCCCUCGUUCCUGGUUUAUUUUACAUUUGUUAUUCGGGAUUUCCAAAACCAGCCAUCUACCAGUCCACUAAGAAAAUCUAAAGUCGUGUUGUUUGUUUUGCCCCCCUCGAUUGCUGUUUUAGGAAAACUGUCCAAUAUUUGAUGACUUAAGCAGGACUAGCAAACACGUUGCCGUCCUUCUUUUUAAUUUAACGCAUGUGGCAGUUUGAUAUUAUUUUGUUAAAGGGAAUUUACUGAAUUGUGUAUCCUAAUGCAGUGGAAUGAAGCUCUGCCGCUGGGAAGACUACUGAAACACCAGCCCGCUCCUAGUUCUGAAAGGAAGAAGAAUAAUUUGGAUUACAGGAUGUGGUUGUUCAGCUCUGGGAUAAUAACAGACAGCCUUGAAUUCUGAAUUCUUUACACCACGCUAAUAAAAACAAACAUUUUAAAAAGUGUUGGUUUGGUCUCAAUUUCAAACCGUUUCGUUUCUAGCCCCUACAGCUGCCAAUGUAUUGAUGCGCAAAUUUAAUUAACAUUUUAUUUCCAAUCGAAAGAAAGAAUCUGUCGAGAUCUUCAUACUGGGAAACUGAGCCGGGGGGCAGGCAGCAAAGCAGCUGUUAACACUGGCCUCUGAGACUCAGCAGACAAGGCUUUUUACAUAUGUGUGUGUGUGCGUGCAUUGGCGGCUGUCUGUUUCACAGCAGGUAACACAGGUCACAGUCAGAGAUGCUUGUUUUUCUCUGAAUGGAGGAUCAGGUGAGUGUGUGGGAUCCGGAAACAGAACGCCGCGUGCCAGUGCAGACUGCAGUUCCCCCAGUGUUCCCAGUUCACCUGCCUCUCUAUACUGCCUUGAACUGAAUUAGCUACCCCAUAGCCCGGUGGUACUCGACUCUGGCCUUUGAGGUCCAAUCCAGACCCGAUAUCCAAAACUGUGGAUUUUAGAGACCGCCCAAAAAGUUUUCUUAUUUCCCCACCCUGCUUUGAGAUGUAGAUUUAUUGGGAGCAUCACAACUCAAACAGUCAGUAUUUACUCUCAUCUGUUUCACACGUGCGCCAGUGCUGCAGGCAGCUAGCCACGCACACUGUCGCAUUUUAAACUCAGCUAGCAGGCUUGGUGUCAAUUUCCGUUUUUCAAAUCAAUUCCAAAACACAGCAUUGAUCAAAACCGCUACUGGCAGCAUUGUCUUAAAAUGAGCUUCAAGCGGAAGACGGCAACUGAAGUCAUGCGAGUGAAUCAAUGAAACGGUUUAGUAGGUCUCUAAAAACAUCAAUUCUAAUCCCAGCUGGAACUGGGAAUGGAUUUGAAAGAGGAAUUGAAACCCGGGACUGACCCCGGCCCUGCUUGCUCUGUGUUACCAGAGCGGCUGCUGGUUUUAUUUUCACAAUUGAGAAGCAACACAAUUGCAAUUAAAACCUACACAGAAAAAAAAAAAUAUAUA